GCACAAAUUUAGCAAAAUUUUAGUCAGCAAAUGAUGAAAAAGAUGAAAACCUACAACGAAGACAAUGUCGUCACAAAAUCAAACUCAAAUAUAGCAAGGAGGGGCAAAGUCAAGGCGAAAAGACAUGUGACUAGGAAGCAAGCCAAUCCCCAAGAAAUAGCAGAACCAGCUAAUUUUCGAACUUAUAAGCAGAAAAAGCAUGCUAAGAGGGAUUACAAGGCGAAGAAAGAACGUGCCAAGUCAUCAAAACUCAGGAAAGACACUUAUUUCAGCAAGAAACAUGAGGAAUGUUAUGCUAAUCUUCAGGGAUUGGAGUAUACACCAAGUAAAAAUAGCCCGCCAAAGGCCGCAGAUUCGUCAAUUAUGUCAACAGUUGCUACUAGGAAGUUGAAAGAUAGUGACUCAAGCCAUACUCGCCGAUAUAGUUCAUAUGAUAGGGGUAAUACUCGCUUUGAAGACAGAAAAAUAUGCCGAGCCAGAAGACGCUACACUGAAUAUUGCAAUGAAGCCUCCAAUCGCUCAGUGAAGAGAUUGCUUACAGACAUUACAGAGGAAAAUUACGGAUCAUCUUCUCAAUCUGUAGUGCAAGAGAAAAUUAAUAGUUCUUAUUCCUCUAGAACUAGCUCAGUCAGCUAUUCUGGCAACACUUUUGGGAAGAGCGACCUUGAGAAGUCCAAAAGAUCUACCAGAGAAGAGAGCAGAGCUAGCUCAUCCUCUUGCUUUAGUUACUCAAGUAGCUCAUUUGUGACUGAAAAAUCUAGAGGUAAAAUUUUUGGGAAGGCAAAUGAGCCAUUUGAUUAUAAUAAGCGAUCAUCCCCCAGAUUUAGCAGCGGAGUGAGCUCUGAAGAUACCAAGGAAGCAAAUCCCAAUUACCAGUCAGCAUCUGAGGCUAAAAUAAUCAGGAGGAAAAUCAAGCAGUUGAAAGAUAAAAGUAUGCGCAAUGGAUUUGCAGAUAUGAAAAAUCCUACAAUUUUUGGAAAGACUGAAAAUUUAGUAGAUCCUAAGGCGAGUCUAAAAUCUAGAAGAAGAUCUUCUCGGCUCAAGAGAAGGAAGGUUCCCUGCUGAUGGCUCAAACUUAAGGAUAAUCAUAAGAAAAAUCAAGGUCAAGCUUUUAGAUGUUUUAACCAAAGAGAUCUUCGUCUUACUCAUGAUUCUCUUAAAUCAAUCAUUGAUGCGGACCAAGAUGAUGAUUAUGCUACUGACAAUGAUAUCCUCCGCAGAUCAAUUGAUAAAGUAACAGAAGACCUUGAUGAUGCAUUGAGUAGGACCAAGAAGGGUGAAAAACUACUAAGAACCCAUACCCUCCAGUUAAUAAAACAACAUAAUGCAAGGAGAAGGGAAAAGACCUUUUAAAAUGGCUCUAUUAUUACUGCUUCUCUUCUUAAUCUCUAUAAUCACUAUUAAGCCUCACUUCUAAAAAUAUUUACAAGGAUCUUUUCAA